AUGCCAGCUGCUAGCACAAUGACUGGUGGGAGGGCACUGCUGCUCUGUACAAACACUGACAACUGUAUCUACCAAUCAGUCAACGGGCUCCAGUGCUGUGGCUUGAAUAUUGGGGAGGCUCCCUCGUCUGUGGUGCCCCAGUGCCAAGAGGUGUGUGGGCUACCAGCAGACAGAGACAAGAGGGACAUUGCUGUGCGCACCACUUGUCCCAUCUCCCCCUUAAUCAGCCAGAAGGACAUCCAGGAUCCUCCAGACAACAUGCUGACUCACAGGAGAGCAGCUAGCACCAGUGACCCGAGAACUUCCAACGUGGAGAACGGACAGUGCGGCAAGCUGAAUAGGUGCCAAGCAGGAGUCAAGGCUGCAAGCAUCCGUGAUAAAAUCUCCCAAUGGGAGGGCAAAAAGGAUCCUAUCCAAGCAAUUUCAAUGGACAUUUGUCCAUUUAGCACAACACAGAAGGAAAUUGAGUCCGUGAGAAAAAAGGAAUUCAAAGUUUCGGAGGUCCAACGAACAAACAGCAAGAGGUUUGUAAGCUGGGACAGGCAAGACUCAGGAAAGGAAAAUGCCGGAAAGCUCGGGGAUGUGAGGGCUAAAUCUCCAGAAGGCUCAACAAACAAGGACAAAGAACUGAUUUUAGAACGCGGACUGUGGGCUUCUAAGGCAACAGAACAGGCACAAGACAAGAAAACUGUUUUAACUCAUGUUAAGAAACUGGAAAAGGCAACAAAAGAAGUUUCUGGUGGAACAUCGCUGUCUUUUCCAGGGAAUUACUUCAGCCCACCGUCAAAAGAGGAACUGGAAGAAACAGAAAAACGUGGCAUUGAACCAAUUUUUGGAACUUUCGAUGUGUCUCGGCCUGCUGGUUCGCGGUGGAGGAGAGAGGGAGAUCCAGAGAACGUAUACAGUGAGCCAGGAGCUCCGUCUAUUAACCCUUUGCCAAAACCUCAGAGAACCUUCCAGCACCACACACCGCCUUCUACCCCAAUUUCAAGGCCUGGCUCUUGUAAGGGCAAGAGGACUUUGCCGCCAUUGCCCUCCAUUCCCCCUCCACCUCUGCCUACCUGCCCACCUCCUGGAGUUUGCAGGAGACCGUGGAAAGAAAGAUCUCAUGACAGCAACAACCGAAAGUCAUACGAAUUUGAGGACCUGCUCCAGUCAUCAUCAGAAAGCUGCAGGGUGGACUGGUACGCUCAGUCCCGCCUCGGCCUCACACGCACUUUAUCGGAGGAGAAUGUCUAUGAGGACAUAAUCGAUCCCCCAUCCAAAGAGAAUCCUUACGAAGACAUUGAGCUGGAGAGAAGUUGCCUUGGUAGCAAAUGUGUUUCACCUGUUUCUUCUUCUCCCAUUCCUGACACGCCAACUAAGCUUUGUUCCAAGCCUGGUUUCUUCAGACAGAACUCUGAGCGACGAAGCUUCAAACUCUUAGAAUUACGUAAGACCAACAGGGACGCCGGUGUGUCCUCACCAUUGCGUGCCAGCCCACCUUCUACACCCAGCAGCCCGGAUGAUACUCCUUGUCUCUCCGGAGACCCAUACAACCGUCGACGGCGGAAAAUCCCCAAGAUGGUGAUGAAAAUCAAUUGCAUCUUCGAGGCUCGGAGGGGAAAGAAGCGCAUGAAGAAGGUGUCGCAGUCAACAGAGUCCUGCUCAGGCAGAGUGACUGAUGACAACAGUGAGUCAGAAAGUGAUACAGAGGAAAAACUUAAAGCUCAUAGCCAGAGACUAGUGUCGGUCCAGUCUAUGUUGAGGCAGACGGGACGGUAUCGGACAUUGGAAAGGGAUGUGAUUGAGGAGAGAAAACUCUUUGAGUAUUUUAUUGUAGUGGCUCUCCACAAAACCAAAGCUGGAGUGCCUUAUCUGCCGGAGGUCACGCAGCAGUUCCCUCUUAAGCUUGAACGGAGCUUCAAGUUCAUGCGGGAGACAGAGGACCAGUUGAAGGUCAUCCCGCAAUUCUGCUUCCCUGACGCAAAAGACUGGGCGCCUGUCGACAACUUCCCCAGUGAAACAUUCUCAUUUGUGCUGACUGGCGAGGAUGGAAGUCGUCGGUUUGGCUACUGCAGACGAUUACUGCCCAGCGGUAAAGGUCGGAGGCUCCCCGAGGUUUACUGCAUCGUCAGCCGGUUGGGCUGCUUUGACCUUUUUUCUAAGAUCCUGGAUGAAGUAGAGAAGAGAAGAGCCAUUUCUCCUGCCUUGGUGCAGCCUUUCAUGAGAGGCAUCAUGGAGGCUCCUUUUCCUGCUCCGGGACGGACCAUAAGUGUCAAAAACUUCCUCCCUGGAUCUGGAACUGAGGUGAUCGAGCUUUGUCGGCCGUCUGAUUCUCGCCUGGAACACGUCGACUUUGAAUGUCUCUUCUCCUCGUUGAGCCUGCGCCUGCUCCUGCGAGUGUUUGCUUCCCUGCUUCUGGAGCGCAGGGUCAUCUUUACUGCUGACAAACUCAGCACCUUGUCGCAGUGUUGCCAUGCCGUAGUGGCUCUCCUGUACCCAUUCACCUGGCAGCAUACGUACAUUCCUGUGUUGCCGCCUUCCAUGUUGGAUAUUGUGUGCACACCCACACCUUUCAUUGUCGGACUGCUCUCCAGCUCGCUGUCUCGACUCAAAGAACUGCCUAUAGAGGAGGUCCUGGUGGUCGACCUCGGAAACAGCCGCUUCUUACGGCAGAUGGAUGAUGAAGACUCCAUUCUCCCCCACAAGCUGCAGGCAGCUCUGGAACAUGUACUCGAGAAGAGGAGGGAACUGGCCUCGGAUAAAGGAGAUCUGCUCAAUGACUCCAGCUGUCUGAGCACAGUGGUGUCUGAGGCGUUUGUGCGUUUCUUUGUGGAAAUGGUCGGCCAUUACUCGCUCUUCACGAGCGGGUCAGAGCGGGAGGAUGAGUUUUCUCCCGCCUCACCUAGCCCCACCUCCUCCUCCUCUUCGUCGUCCUGCUCCUUGUCCUUUCAGCGGGAGGCCUUUCGUAAGGCGGUCACUUCCAAGAGUUUGAGGAGGUUCCUGGAGGUCUUCAUGGAGACACAAAUGUUUACAGGCUUCAUUCAGGAGAGAGAUUUACGAAGACAGGGCCUUAGAGGUUUGUUUGAGGUGAGAGCACAGGAGUAUCUUGAUGCACUUCCUGGCAGUGAACACCGAGGUGUCAACAAAUUCUUAAAAGGCUUAGGAAACAAGAUGAAAUUCCUCUCCAAGAAGUGA